GGGAAAUGUCAACAGUGUAAAUACGCAGAUGUUACCGUGACUUUCAACACACAUUAGUGUGCUCCUCUCUACCAAUAACACUAUAGUAUAUUAUGCCUAAACCGGGCGUUAUAGCAGGUCUUGGAGUCCGUGCGAUUUAAACAACUAUUCCAAUACUGAAGGAAGCGAGCGAGUGGCUGACUAAGUAUGGCGCUGAUAAACACACUCUGUAUACUCAUGGUGAAAGCGUACUUAGUACAGACUUACUACUACCCAAGCAGCUGUACCUCUAGUGCAGACUGUGACCGGGGGCAAUGUUGUAGAGGAAGAACAGGCCAGGUGAUAGGAAUGGACACAACUCUUCCUCCAAUGACAGGUAUAUGUGCAGGAUUCAAUAACAACAUGCAACCGUUGGAUGACGGCUGCGGCUGUAACUGUGACAGAGAUUUUCUGUGUUACCGAGAGAUAACAGGUGUCUGUUGCGCUCCUUACACCUGUAGCGACGCCGACUACGUCAGAGAAAGGCAGGCUUUCUGGAAGAACUGCUUCAGCGAUCCUAAUUGCGCUCUUCCACCCGUUGUAAGACCCCCUCAAGAUGGGACGGGACUUACUGUUUAAAAUGACGAUACAAAUGAAGAAGAUAUUAAAACAACCAAAUGCAUCAAUUAUAAAUUUGAUUUAAUAUUUAUUUUUUAAAUAUGAUGCAUACUUUUAUUAGGGUGUUAAGAUGAUGGCCAUACAUAGGACUGUGCUUCAUAUGUCAUGCUGGAAAUAUGAAACAUAUAUAGAUGAUUUUAAAUAUAUAUUUUUCAUAUUUAAACUUCACCAAUUAUUGAUAAGUUUAUGUUGCUUAUAUCAACCAUUUCAAUGUUACUGUUCCUAAAUUUACCAACUUGACGAAAAUAAAAUAAACUAAUAUUACUGUUCUUUUUUUAAUGAUAUUCAACCGUGAUUACGCUACUAUGUUAUGAUUUGUAAGAAAUGUUACAGGAGAUCAGAAAUUGCUUAGCGUUUCGGGGAACCUAUGUUUAUGUCCUUAUUUGUUCUGGUUGUGAGGAAUUAUGACGUACUUCAGCCUGAUUUGACCCAAACGUGACCAACAUUAAAAUCAAAAAUGAUCUUGUCUACAUGUAUGUCGCUAAAUUUAGAUUCUUAACUUAGAUAUUGUAUAUCCUUAUGUCAAAAAUCUCGGAUUUUUGUUGUACAUUACCAUUUCUACAGGUCGUCAAAGUUGCUUCUUUGAACAAAUACGCAAUAAAUCAUGGUUGUUUCCAGUUAUAUCCGUUUUUUGACACACAUAGCUUGUAGGUAUUCAUUUUAGGCUGUUUAGCUGAUUCCGUCAUCAUAUGUUAAUCAUGACAUAGCAAUACACUAGGGGACAUAACUCUGUUUGACUUGACUGUACUUUUCAUAGACCAACUUAUUGCAGUCUACUUGGAUACUUUCAAGACGUUUUGAGCAAAAAAAACCUAUCAUACGGAGGCAUGCGAGAUAUAGAUAUAUUACCCAGAGGAUGUAGAAUUUAUGUCAGGCCAGCGGCCUCACCGAGGUUCUCAAACCGAAUUUUAAAAUUUCAAAACGUAAUGACUGAUCUUUUUCACCAAGGUCUAAUCAUUUGUUUUUGUUUUUGUUACGUGCACCUGCUUCUUUUUCAACACAUCAGUUCACAUAUUUGUGUUUUCACUUGGUGACAGCUGUUAGAUGAAAUACCUACCCUGGUUGACAGUCUCUUUUGCGGUGGAAUUCAUCCAAGUUUUUUUUGUAAUAAUGACCAAAAGCCACGUGCCCAACGGGACUGCGGUAUUUCCUUUGUUGACGUUGCGGAAUUUCAACAUAAAAGUGCACAGACCACAGCAGUUAUCUUAGAGUGUAUCAUUAUAUCAUUAUGAUGACAUGUCACUAACGCAAAUAAAUAAGAUUUGUAAAAUAAUAUCUACAUUUAGAUCAAAAAUUC